AUGCUCACACCCACUGCGUGCGUAGCCACGCAGAGAGGGCCCACGCAGAGAGGGCUUACUGCUAAGCCUUUCCACGCAGAGGAGGCUCCUUAUCAGCGGCCCGCCUCGCCAACACCCCCCCCUAAGAACAGCCGUACGAACACACGACCAGCACCACCUACCCCCUACCCUACCCCCCCCCAGACAACAGCUGUACAAACGCCCCCCUCUCCUAACAGCCGUACAAACAAGCAACCAGCCCCCGCCCCAGAGCCAGCCUGCUACUCCGCACAACAGCUCGCUCUUCAAGAGCCACUGUACAGUCAACCACCACCACCCAGACAACCGCCGUACAAACGCAACUAG